AUGAGUGAAUCGACAAGUAAAGAUAUUGAGAUGAUGGAUGAAGAGUUUGAUGACGUUGAAGAGAACGUCGUUGAUGUGCCACGCGCUGUUAACGAAGCUACACCAGGAGAAACCAACCAGAAGCUGUCGAAGGAAGAGAAAUCAAAGCAAAAGCAACAAUCACUAUCAGCUGCCGCCGCUGCCACAGCAGCAGCAGCUUCAUCAUUAAUCCCCGAUUUGCCCGACCUCACACGUAAGGACAAAACACUCAAGGAAGUUCUAGAUAUGAUGGAUGAUGAAUUUGCACCGAUCAUACCGGAUGCUGUCACAGACUAUUACUUGGCUAAAAACGGAUUUGAAUCAUCUGAUGUUAAAAUAAAGAGACUUAUUGCCCUAGCUACGCAAAAGUUCAUCAGUGACAUAGCACAGGAUGCUUACGAAUAUAGCAGGAUCAGAAAUGCUAGCGCCGUGUACAAUUCGUCCAAUCCACAAGCAAGAGCUAAGCAGUUGCUUCAGGGACAACAAUACGCUAACCAACAAACAUUAGCAGGUAACGGCAAUGCUAAUGCGGAAAAUAAUGAGCAGCAAGCUUCUCAGCAGUCGCACUCUUCAAUCGGCAAUCAACAAGGAAAAGUGGUGUUGACUAUGGAAGACCUUAGUAACGCAUUAAGUGAGUAUGGAAUGAAUGCUUCCAGACCAGGUUUCUACAGGUAG